AUGUUGUCCAAAGUGGACCUAGGAAAAAAGUGGGAAGCUAUCGCAGUGGAGUUGAAUAGUUUGGGGCCUCCACAACGCGACUCAACCAAGUGGCAAAGAGUAUGGAUUGAUCAAAAAACAAAAAUUAAAAAAAAAGUUACAAAAAAUAAGAUAGAGACAAUUGCAACUGGCGGAGGACCUAAUAAAACAAUCCGAUUGACUGAUGAUGAAGAAGCAGUAAGUCGCCUAAUGCAUUUUAAUGCCUGUGUUAAUCCCCCGGGUGUUGAAUUUGGGUUGCAAUUAACAAAUUUGACUGACGAAGGUGUUAUUGCCGACGAAGACGAAGCAGUGCAGGUCGAAGAAAUUGUACCCUUAGUGCAAUCACCGAAAAAUAGUCAACCAAGGACCUCAAAUAAGGACCAAAAUGAAAAAAAAAGACUUGCAUUGCUGGAAAACCAAACGUCGGCACAAGACAAUUUUUACAACAAAAUGAUUUCUGAGAUGAGUAGCAUGCAAACAACAUUGAAUCAUCUUAAAAAGAGUAUGGACAAUAUUGAAUACUACAACAAAAAAACUUAUAUUUUGAAAAAAGAAAAAAAAAGUGAAAUCCUUAAAAUUAAAAAAGAAUAGUUAUUGCUCUACAAGGAAAACAUCAAAAACAAAGAGAACGACAGAAAAACAAAACUAAAACUUAAAAAACAGCUCUUGGAAAUCGAGCAAGCGAAGCAAAAUUUAAUGAACCAUUAUCAUCCAGUUUGAUUAUUACUGUGUAAUUAGUUAUAUGACUGAAUUUAAUUUAAUUUUUAAGUUUUUAUAUGAAGUGAAUUUUUAGUUUUUGAGUUUUUACGUUAUUCUGUUUAAGUUUUCAAUAAGUUAUCUUUAUUUUGUCUUUUA